CUUCUAACCAAACAGCUUUGUUCCUCAUAUUGAAAUGCCAUAGCUAUAGAGCUAUUGGUAAAUCCUAAUGCCCCUAUCGUGGCAUUUCUCGAAGGAUUAUCAACCCAACCUGGCUGGUAGCUUACCACUUCAUCACUGUGGACUCUCUUCCAAAAGUUCAGUCAGGCUCCAUAUCAGCAAUAAUGAGAAGCUCGAGAUAUUCAACUUCUCGACAAAAAGCCUGUCAGCAAUGCACCAGUGCUAAAGCUAGAUGUGAGCGCAAAUAUGGACAUAUCCGCUGUACGAGAUGUGCACAACGGGGUCUGCCCUGUGCUUAUCCCCAUGCAAAUGCCUCUGAAAGGCAGCGGCUGAAUACUAGGACAAACACCGACUUGGGUGGUGAAGCGCGGCCGGACAGCCCAUUUUCAUUGUCAGAUUCGUCAUUAAUUGGCCCCGAGAGUGGGCUGCUAGCAAUGAAUGCGAGCAAUAAUGAUCCGAGAGCUCAACUGCUAAAUACUCCAAGCACAACUGUUAGAGUCUUUUCAUCUGAGGAUGAACGGCCCAUCACUGCUACCACUACAACCGUUUCUGAUGAUGAGCAGAACACUAUGGACUUCUCGGGCCUCGAUCUAGUCUGUCCCAUAAACGCUGAUGAUAUCGAGAAUCGCUGGAUUCAAAUGUAUAUUCCUAUUCCUGGACAGACGAUCAAGAACUAUCCUAUCGGUGUCACCGGCUUCGCUUAUGAUAUUCUAAAGUCAUAUGCAACCGUUUCAAUAAAUGGCCGUGGUGCUCUACCGUUCAUUCAUCCGAAACAGAUUGUUGCGCAGCCAACAGGGUCACCACUUACUACUUGCUUAAGCUUGGUUCGGAUAUGUUCAAAUCCACUACCAGGCAGUACAGAUGCCGCAGCUACCGUUCUACAACGAGAGAUGCACAGCCUAUAUGAACUACGGGACGGGUACUUUCGCGGCAUUAUGACCAAUCUACAAGAGCUGGCUUGCGCCUCGGCUCGUAAUGGACUUGUAUGCGCAGCAGAUCAGCAACGAGCCCGUCCACGGUGGGAAGAAUGGAUCGUAGCCGAAGCCAAACGGCGGACGUUAUACGUGAUGUAUUUAUUUGAUAGCAUCCUCUCUACUCGGGAAGGUCUUCCUACCUUCCUUGGCAGUGAAUUACGUGGUCUGCCAGCCCCGGCUAAUAGACUAUUGUGGCAAGCAACAACUCGCUAUGAGUGGGAAAGAGAAUACAAUAUCCACAUGGCCGAGUGGAUGGAGGGGAGUCUAACUAUUGACGAACUUUGGCCAACCCCUGCCGAGUUAGGCGAACUGGGCAUUGAGAGGAGCCGUUGGCUGGAGAACCUUGAUGAGUACGGAACUAUGAUAUACGCCAUCACGAGUUGUACUCAUAACCAAUGA